AUGCCGAGUUCCUGCAGAGAUAUCCGAGCUGCGCUGGCGCAAUGUCUCCAAGAAUCAGACUGUAUAAUGGUGCAACGCAAUUCACCAAACGACUGCCUCCGACAGCCCUUGUCAGAUGACCUACCAGUCCGGUGUCAGCAGUUAAGCAAAGCUCUUUCGGACUGCAAACGCGGCCUAGUCGAUAUGCGCAAACGAUUCCGCGGCAAUGCACCCAUCUCUGUAAACAGAGAAAUCGAAGGCGGCGGCGGCACAAAAUCGACCCAGGCGCCGCAGCAGUUGUAUGCUGGAAAGCCGGCAUUGUCGUCUGUCAAGGAGAUUAAUGGUGAUGAGGUGCAGAUGGAUCCUGAAAAGACGAGAGGAUUAUAA